AUGCAUUAUUGGGUUUACAUAACCUCACAAAACUUUUUUUGUGGUUAAUGGAGACCCCAACUUUAAAUAUCAAAACCAAAUGGACUCCUACCGCUUGUUUGCCACCUCUAAAAAAAUCUGUAAGGAUAUUAGGCAAGCUUUUUAUCUACUUGCUGCCAGGAUCAUCUAGGCUUGAAUGACGGUAAAUCUGGCUGAAGAACAUAGGGUUUGGAUGUGCUUAUUUUGUGCCGACUCCAAUUGCAUGCAUGCUGCAUCAGAACUGUCUGCACUUUCUGGAUAAAGUGUUUCCAACAAGGCUUCUCCAAAUUAGAUGACGUCUUAAAAAAUUAUGGCCGAAGAUAAUUGCGUAAAAAUAAAUAAAAGGUUUCCAGCCAAACUUAGUUGAUUACAUCCUGGUCCUCAAGUCAGCUGUGAGCUUGCUCUCUGACAAUUUAAGAAGAUUUGAACUCCCUGAUUAGUCCACAUUAAUACCUUAUGGUAACAAAGAAAAAACUGAUUGUAUCAGUACUGGAUUUAUCCACUGAGUAGACAAAGAACAAUAUGGCCUUAGUGUUUGAAAGGUAAUGCUCAAAAUCAAAAACCUGGCACACCAGUAUUUGGAUUAGGUGUCUGCUUUUAAUGACGUAUUUUAAGGUUCCUUCAUUAUCGAAUGCCUUUACUGCUAUGUCAAAAUGUAAUUGUUAAAGUUAUAAUUAUAAUUUAUCAGUAAGUGCUCAGGAUCCAGUUAGAUAUAGAUACAAAAUUGCAAUAUUGAAAGAGGUUGACAUUUCAUCAUGGUACUGUGUCUGCACGGCUCACCCAUAUUUUUGUUGUAUCUAGCCAGAAGCAGAAAUUUCCAUUUUCAUUUGUAUUGAAAGUACCAAUGGUAUAUUAAAUGGUCACCUGUAAUGUUGUAGACUCAUUGAAAGCUUUUGGCAAUGUACUGUUUUGGUCGAUUCAGGCACAUACACUUUAUAACAUGUUUAUUAAUAUAAUGUAAAACAAUAAAUAUUCAAUAUAAAUGGUUUCAGGUUAAACGUUGGGGAAAGAAAUAGGAUUUUAAGAAACAUAUUUUUGUCUGAGCAUGUUGUGACAUCACAUCCGGUCCGCUGUCUUCCUGGUGGCAGCACAUCCGGAAGGUGGGGUCUUCGUUGUAGCGGUUUGUUACCGUUUGGAAGUCGGCAUACAUUGAACUCGUUGUCUUCUACCAUAUGCACUCUCCUGGAUAGUAUCAAGCAAAAACAACAAUUCAAUUCCUCUUCUGGUGGCGCCAGGUGUGUUUUCGGGGCAGUAACCAGGAAGAGCGUGUGCGUGCGUGUGUGUGCGUGUGGUUGUGUGUGUGCGUGUGUGUGUAUGUGUGCGCGCGCACGAGAGAGGGAAACCGAGGGAUUCAGCGAUGGCUAACAGCAAGAGCAAGAACCAGAGCUCUCUGGCCCUGCACAAGGUCAUCAUGGUGGGCAGUGGAGGAGUGGGCAAAUCGGCCCUCACGCUGCAGUUCAUGUACGACGAGUUCGUGGAGGACUACGAGCCCACCAAGGCGGACAGCUACAGGAAGAAGGUGGUGCUGGAUGGGGAGGAGGUCCAGAUCGACAUCCUGGACACGGCGGGCCAGGAGGACUACGCCGCCAUCAGGGACAACUACUUCCGCAGCGGCGAGGGCUUCCUGCUCGUGUUCUCCAUCACGGAGCAAGAGUCCUUUAGCGCCACCGUGGAGUUCAGGGAGCAGAUCUUGCGGGUGAAGGCAGAGGAGGACAAGAUCCCCUUGCUGCUGGUGGGGAACAAGUCGGACCUGGAGGAGCGGCGGCAGGUGUCCGUGGACGAGGCCCGCGGCAAGGCAGAGGAGUGGGGCGUCCAGUACGUGGAGACCUCUGCCAAGACGAGGGCCAACGUCGACAAGGUGUUCUUUGACCUCAUGCGGGAGGUGCGAGGCAAAAAGAUGUCGGAAAACAAGGACAAAAACGGCAAAGGAAAGAAUAAGAAGAACAAGAAGAGCUUCAAGGAAAGAUGCUGUUUACUGUGAACUUGUUUUCUGUGCAAACCGUAAAACACACGCACACGCACACACACACACACACACACACACACACACACACACACACUGUGUAUGUCUUGGGAAGGAGUUCAAACAUUGAAGGCACCCCUUCACCCGGACCUCUCCCGUGUUGCUCAUGUUGACUCAAAUAUGUCUGUAUGUUUGUUGAGUUUUUUAACAGCUGCUCGUGAUAAUGUCUAUCGAACAAUCUUAAACCACUUUUUUAAACCAUGCAAAAGGAAGGUAACCACUAAUUUGAGACUGUGACUUGUGAUGGCUUGGAAGAGGCCAAAUGACCAAUUGUCUGCUGAUUUUCUCCAGAUUGACUUUAGACCUUUCUUACGCCAACUCGAAUAUACUGCCAACGAUCCCUAGUUUCAUUUAUUGCUGUGCACUUUUCCUUCCCACUUUUUUAACAUCCAGUAAGCUUAGAUUCACAAUCAACUACUUUCCUGGGAUCUCUUAAGCCUAAUUCUGUACCUGUGUACCUGCUGUUUCAAUGACAUUCAUACAUUUUACUUUCCAAAUAUAAUGGUACACUUUUAAUAUUCAGACGUUCUAUUGUCUCAUUAAACUUUUCUAGGUUUUUCUUGUAAAUACAAAACACAAUUUCGACCCAGGUAAACAUCUUCUGCUUUUGGUCUUGAAUUUGUUGAGAAAAUGUCCAAGACCAAGGUCUAAUGGCAGAGUGGUGAAAUUGAAUGGAACUCUCUUCCCUCCCACAUUGCAGUUUGCAAUAACAGUGAGGGGAAAUAGUCAUUGUGUGAACUAAACCUUGCAUGGUGAAGGAAAUGCAAUCCGGAGGGCGAUCUCACCCCUGUUUCAAAGGGCGGACAUAAUUAGCCAGGAUGGUUCUAUUGUUUAUCCUCCACAUAUAACCUUAAGUCUCUGUCUAAACUGCACUACAUAGGCCUUCAUUGCCAAUGCCGAAAUAAUAAAUAGCUCAAUGAAUUCAUGCUUGAGAUGUAACUUGAAUGUGCCAUCAGAAUCUUACGUCGAUAUGUCCAAAUCCUUGUUUCUCGUAUUGGAUCUUGUGUUUUUAACUCAAUGUAUGUCAUUUACUUUGUGCGUGAGUGAAUGUGAGAUGGAAACAUGGACAUUUAUCUAGUGCUACAGUGAAGUGUUUUACACUUGCCUAAAUCAAGUGUCCUCCAUUACCCACGGUCUAUCAUGUUAUUGUUUGCUCUUUAAACAGCAAGAGUAUGAUAAUCCAUUUGAAAAGACAACCUUUAAAUAUGUUGCCAAAUAAAAAAAGAUCCCUUUGUACAUGUGACUGGAAGUUCUUUUUUGUAAUGUAAAAUGUUAAUCCCAAUGUUACUUGACAAAUUUGUUCUAAACUAGUUAAGCUAACGUACAUAGAACUAUUUUCAAAGAGCUCUCCUAGCAGGUGUCU